GUGCAAAAUAUUCGUCGAUUAAUUACCGGUAUGUUUAUUUUUAGCAUGUUACAAUGGACACGCAAAUUUCUUCACAAGAAACAAAUUGUCGUGGAAGUGGACACGUUUCAAAGAUUAAUAACUUUAAUUGAAUAUCAGACUGUCGUGCAGUAGGGGUUAUUGUUAAUCUACAAUACAGAAAAGAGGAAGGAAAAUCAGGAUUAUUUAUGCACUUCCGUAAUUCCGUCUUCGACGAUCGACUUCGAGUCUGACUGAUCAGCGCUGCCUCGACAGUCUCCAUCACGCCUGAGCUGUCCCGGCGCCAGCCCUGCUCCGGGGUGCAGUGGGUCUUUAGCCGUUGGUGUAUGUAGCCGGCUUACAAUUUGAAAGAAGCCAUUGGCAUUGCCAGCCUGAGUGAUCGAGUUAAGGAAAUCAUUUGGGAGAUCAUAUUACCAUGGCAACAGAUGAAACGCCAUUAUGCAGCAUUGAUGAGCUGGAGGAGAUCAUGAAGAAAGGUUCCAUCGUGAUCGCAUUACCACGCAACCCAAUCAAUGAAGUUUAUUCCAAUGUGUUUGUCGGUGGAGAGUCAUCCGCAACAGACAAGCAGAGGCUAAAGUCAUUAGGGAUCACCCAUGUUCUUAACUGUGCUCAUGGUAGGAAGUUCUUUCAUGUGGACACGGAUCAAUCGUUUUAUGAUGAUUUGAAGAUCAAGUUUCAGGGUUUAGGGGUGUCGGACUUCCCCCAAUCAAAUAUCAGGAAACAUUUUGAGACAGCUUUCAAGUUUAUUGAUGAGGCAUUACAUCAGGAAAAUGGCAAGGUAUUGGUUCACUGUGUCCAGGGUUUUAGCCGGUCAGCUACGAUAGCCAUAGCCUACCUCAUGGUCAGGGACAAGAUGACCGCUCAAGACGCCGCUCGAACGGUCAGAGCGAACAGAGAGAUCGGACCUAAUAAGGGGUUUCUGAAACAGCUGUGCGACCUCAAUGAAGAAUUACAGAGAGACAAGAAAGAAUGAAUAUAUAUGUUUUUUGCAACCAGCUACUGCAGAUAAAGGACAUUGAUCACCAAGACAUAUAACAAGGCCUGUUUAUAAGCUAUAGUGUCAUAGAAGUAAGCUCCUGAGGUUUAGAAAAUCUGUCUUGUGAGUUUGAUUGCUUGUCAGUGAUGUAUCUGCAAGCACCAGAUGAUCAACCCAAAAUGUUCCAUCUCUAUUAUGAUCAAGGUACUAAAAGCCAAUUUAUAUACCAGACCUGCCAACCUUCUACAAAAAAAAGUAUUAUUAGAAGAAAAAAAAAAGUAUUUUUGACAAAAAAGAGUAUUGUUAACAUUUUGUCUCAACGUACCAAUCACCAGCCUUUUGUAGUGAGAUUGGUGAAAAAAAACAUGUGAAAUGAGUAAUGACUCUGCUUGAAAACUUGAUAAUUCACCCUUUUAAACAUGUGCUUGUAGGCAAGAAUUUAUUGUGUUACUUACAGUUACUGACCUGACAGUAUACAAAUAGCGAAUAGGCAAGAGUGCGAUGGUGCGAGAUUUUGCAUGAGGUGAAAGAAAGAUGCUCUAUUCAACGAGGCGUGAGCCGAGUUGAAUAGAGCGUUUCUUUCUUUCACCGAAUGCAAAAUCUUGCAUCAUUGCACGAAUAAGAAUAUUCGCUAUUUGUGUUGUACAACGCCUCUGAAUUUAGCGAAAAUAUGAAAAAACAAAGAGUUUAUCCCUAUAGUAAUCUAUGAAAAGGGAGCAAAAAUACCGAAAGCAGAAAGCAAAAUCCCACAAGCGCACAUAACCUUGGGCAGCCUUGCGCAUUUAGCCAGCUGGCUUAUACGCGUAUUGUUCAUUUCAGUAUCGAGCGCAAUGAAUUAAAUCGUAUUGUGACGUCACCUCCUAAAGCCGUGCAACGGUACAUUUUGGAUGGUACGUCUUUUGUGCAACGGUACGAAUGUUUGACAUUCAGCCUCCCAUUUGCUCGCGUACAACAAGCUAAGUAGGCGUUGUACAAUGAUUUUUACCGGUCUGGGACUGUCGGACCGGCGCUAGUGUCACGCGCUCUGUAUAAUACAUACUCCAUGAUCGUAAAUUUUAAAAAGAAGUAAAAAAAUCAUACAAAAAAGUAUUGGUGUAUUCAUAGCAAACAAGAGGAACAAAUACUCUAAAAAUGGAACGGUUGGCAUGUCUGCAAUAUAUAUACCGUCUUUUGGAACUUCUAACAUCCCAGAUGACAGGAAGUGACCGAUUUGGCUGGAACAUUGGGUCUUUCUGGCCCUCUUUUUGUUUGCCUCGAUCAUGUCAGUUUCCACUAUCUCUUCCUCACAAGGAAAUGAAACACUGCUUUCUCAACUUGAAAAUCAUCUUUAAGAUGCACAGACAGAUUGGGUGAUUUCAAGUCCGGUGUUGGCCUUGGUGUUGAAAUUUUGAUUGCUUCCCCUUGCUCCAAAACUUACUCAGAGUUUGUAAAACUGAUCCAGAUCAUCUUAUUAACAUCUCAACAACUAGUGAGUGACUUUUCGGGACCAUCUUCAUUUUAUGUUUGGUGUUAUAAUCGUGUAAAAAUUGACCUAACACCAACACCAAAAGGUCAACACCGAACUUGAAAUCACCCAUUCUCUAUAAUCUCAGCCUCUGAUACCCUGUUGACCUUGCAAAGAUCCAUGCGGAAAGACCCAAUGGUCCUGUCAAAUGUUAGAGGUUCAAAGUGAUGGUAGAUUGGCUUUUGCCUUGAUGAUAAUAGAGAUGGAACAUUUUGGGUCGAUCAUCUGGGUGCAGUCUUGCAAAGAGGUACGUUUCAUUCGAUCAAUCGUAACUCUAUGGAAAUCCAUCAGUGUCAUCAAUUUUUCUAUGUUAGGAAAUAUGAAAAAUGUCCUUAAUUGUAAACAAAGGAGAACACACCAAAUUGUCAAGAAAUCAAUGAAUUUAUGGAUAUACAUGUACAUUCAUAUCUAUAAAUUUGUUUAACAAACAUGUAUUUUAUAUGUUGACUUUUCUUUGUAAGACAGGCCCCUGAUGCGUGCAGGUACGGUAUAUGAGCAUGGGACGUUUUUACAUGGAAGCAGAGUUUUAUUUAAAGAUAUUGAAGAUAUAUUUUGUCAAAUAUGCUAAAUCAGGGGGCGGAGAGAGGUAAUUAUCAUUAACAAUGGCUGAUAGUCAACCCCACAUGGUGGCAUUAAGCUAUUCUGGUAUGCAUAAGCAGA